AUGGAGCUGGUUGUAUCAGCAAUUGCAGGUGACAUUGCCAAUCGAUUUAUAUCCUUCUUGAUCAAGAAAUACGAGGAUCGAUAUAAUCUUGAAAGAAAGAUAGAAAGGCUGCAGGAUCUUCUGCUUAAAGUUCACAUGAUAGUCGAGGAGGCCGAGGGCCGAUGCAUCACGAACUCCAAGAUUCUGCUUCAGCUCAAGAAGAUUGUGGGGGCCAUGUACCAUGGCUACCAUGUCCUAGACAUCGUCAAGCAUGGCAAAGAGGAGGUUAGAGGCUCACAAAGCGCUGUGAUUAGACAUGAUCAACUUCAGAGAGCACUGAAUAGGUUAGAAACAAUUGUGUCUAGCAUGACAGAGUUUGUGUUUUUUCUUGGUGGAUGUGAACGACUCUCUCGGAGACCAUAUGACUCGUACAUUUACUUUGAUAAUUUUAUGUUUGGUCGUCAUGUGGAACAUCAGCAAGUCAUCAACAUUUUACUCCAAGACAAUCUUCCUCCUUUUGCUCCAACUGUUCUCCCAAUCAUCGGACCUAGUAGAGUUGGUAAGAAAACUCUAGUUGCACAUGUGAUCAACAGUGAGAAAGUCCGAUCGCACUUCUCCUCAAUCUUGCACCUGAAUGGUGAAAACAUUAGCAAAAUAGAUUCUGACCGUUUCACUCAAAGGAGGGAUUUGGUUGUGAUUGAAUUUACAACAGAUGUAGACGAUGAGAACUGGAAGACGUUUUUUGCAUCAUGCACACAUAUGGGAAGAGGAAGCAAGAUCAUAAUUAUAAGUAGGAUUGAGAGGAUAUCAAGGUUUGGAACAGUAAGGCCAAUUCACCUUAACAGUUUGUCACUUGAGGAGUACAGCUACCUCUUCAAGGUUCUUGCAUUUGGAAGUACUAACCCAGAGGAGCAUCCUGAUCAGUUGGUAUCUAUAGCUAAUGAGCUAUCGGUGUCGAUUGGUGGCUCAUUCAUCACAGCGAAUGUGUGUGCGGAUGUAAUGAGAAGGAAACAAAAUGUUCACCUGUGGCUCCAUGUCUUGAAGAAGUACAGAUCAGUAGUGAAGAAAAAUUUCUCGGUGUUCAGAGAGCACCCCAAACUUCUCAUGGAGAGAGAGCACCGGGUUGAUAUAACCGAAUUGGCGUCGUCAUCCACUCCACUGCGCCUCAUGCCUCCUCAUUGCGAUGGAGAUGAAUCCAAGAGGGAGCUAUCCAAGGUUAGGUUUGGAGACCUGGUAGCUGGCUCUGUUGUUCUACCAAAAGAGGAUUUUGAGUUAGUUGCAUGGGAAUCAAGGAUACCCCCUUACAAGCGGUUUGUCAACAUUGCUGUGUAUUGUUGUCACGAUGAGAAAAAUUCCCAGUGUAUAGAAUCGCCUCGCAAGAAACGUCAAAGAUCAGAUAAUUAA